UUGAAUAUAAUCUUAUUUUCAUAUAAGAAUUUUCUCCUUACAAUAAGUCGAGCGGAAGAUAAAAUUCAGAAAUGAUGAAGUUGAUCUUCUUGCUCAUAGUAAUUGUAAGCGCGACGGCGUUAGAUCUUCCCAGCAAUUUUAAGACUUGUAAUAAGUCAGAUCCGAAAUUAGGAGAAUGCCUUGCGGAUGCUAUCAGAGAUGCAAUUGUUUCGAUGGCCAAAGGUCUGAAGAGCUUCAAAAUUUUGCCUAUUGAACCUCUAGCAGUUGACAGCAUAAAAAUUGGUAGUUCGGAGGGCUCGAUUUCGCUCAAACAAGAAUAUCGAAAUAUCAAGAUACAUGGACUCACGAAGAAUUUGAAAUUGAACAAUUAUCAGGUAGACUGGGACAAUUUAAUAUUUACAUCCGAGGCUUUUAAUACCCGAGUGGACUUUAUUGCCGAUUACAAACUCGAAGGCAAGAUUCUAUUACUACCAAUCCGAGGAGAGGGCAAAUGCAACAUAUCUAUGCAUGAUUUAAGGACGAAACACGAAGCAUAUUAUGAAAAGUUUGAAAAGGAUGGAGAUAUUUAUAUGAGACUGACGAAGUAUAUUAUCAAAUUUUCACCUGAUCACAUAACCCUACAAUUCGAUAAUCUUUUUAACGGAGAUCCUAUUUUAGGUGAACAAAUGCAUAAAUUCCUCAAUCAGAAUUCGGAUUUAAUUUUUAAGGAGUUUCAAGCAUCUUAUGAAGAAACUUUCGGUUUGGUCUUCGCUGAAAUCACCAAUAACAUUUUUACUCGCGUACCAAUGAAUAAGAUUUUUAAGUAGAUAAUAGUAUCACUUUUUAUUGUUAU